AUGAGGCUCAUAGCAAUUCCGCUCGCACGGGCGAGACCCACCUCGCAUCCGAUCUCCACCUUCGUUGCACAAACCGCCUCGCGAGCUGCGGAAAAGGCGCUAGCCGAUGCGGCGGCAAAGAAGACCGACGGCGCCAACACGCCCCAGCUACCCUUCACAACACGGAUGCUCAACAAGGCAUCUGCCUUUUGGAUGGAUCUCGGGCGUACAGAUCAGACGAGCACACUGGAUUGGAAGCGUAGGACGUACGUGACCGGAGAGAAGCUCAUGGACCGCAUCGAGUAUCAGGAGUGGGCACUAAAGGGGAUUGACCCAGCAAUGGGUCCACAUCUGAUCAGAGGGCAAGCAAAGGAUGCUGGAAAUCAGGAGGCGGGGACGGACAUCGCAAAGCUCGACCACGUGCCGCUGCUGUACCCGCCCUCGCUGCUGCAGCCGGAGAGGCUGCUCAAGAACCUCAAGAACUUGACGGACCACCGAACCCCACACCACUACAGGCGAUUCUGGUACUGCGUGGUGGGCAUGCCUAUCACCAUCCCUUUCGCCUUGAUUCCCGUGAUCCCAAAUUUGCCAUUCUUCUAUCUCGUAUACCGAGCAUGGAGCCACUGGAAAGCGUACAAAUCCUCCCAGUACCUCUCGACAUUGAUAGGCCAAGACCGCGUCCACCCAACCGAGAGCAAGGAGCUCGAUUCAAUCUUUGCUCAGACCUCGGCGCCCUCCGACGCAACACCAUCAGAAGCAUCCAGCGAGAAGUCGACAGCGCCCGAACCGGCUGAAGACGAGCGAAUGCUUCUGCUGAAACAUCACAUUCCGAUGCUGAUGGACAAGAUGGAGUUUCCCGAGUGGGUCAAGGCGGAUCUCCGGAGAGCGAGGUUGCAGGUCGACAAGGCUGUGGCCGAGAACAAGCUGGAGGAGCUUGAGAGCAGCGCCGAGGAGGAACAUCCGGAGAACAAGAAGUGA